GUGGAAAUAGCGCAAGCAUACUAUUUAGUAAGGUAGUGUGCAGUUUUGCAAGUUCUGCCUUUCUUCCGCACUACAUUUCCCGCAAAUCUUUGCUGCACCACAAGAAUGGACGACAAGUCAUGUGGAUGAAAAUACAACCGUGCAUCUGCCGAAGAGAAAAGGUCGGAGAAAGAUGCGGGAGGAGGAGGAUGACCACACCGCCGCCAAACCGGCCAGGAGAUCGCAUGUUAUCGCGGCCAAGUCCGUAGACGUGGCCGAGUGCGAUGCCGCGAAGGAUCAAGCGCCCAAACUAUGCGGAUACCUGAACAAACUGGUAGGCAAAGGGCCCCUGAAGGGAUUCAAAACACGCUGGUUCGUCUACGACCCGAGGAAGUGUUACUUGUAUUACUUCAAGACUCACCAGGACGCUCUUCCUCUUGGCCACAUCGAAAUCGCCGACGCUUCUUUUACCUACGAAGUGGAGGGAGACGAGGGUCAGUUCGAGAUCCGCACCGCUGGCAAAGAGUUCCUCCUCAAGGCACCCAGCAGGCAGGUGAUGCAAUACUGGCUUCAGCAGCUUCAGCAGAAACGAUGGGAGUUCAGUAACACACGAGGAUGUGGCAACCGAGACAGCUUGUGCUCCCCCACCCCGCUUUUUCCUCACACAGGCCUGGUGGCCAGAGAUGCUGAUGCCAUGCCCCCUGAGCUGCCUAAUGAAACUAUGGAGAGUGUGCGCAAUGAUUUCACAGAGGAGGCAGACGCUAAUGGCUUAGUUGGACUCCACACUGCAAGGAACCCAACAACACAUAAUUUUUCCCUUCGACACUGGGGCUCUGAGCUGAGGAACAGUAUGUCUCAAUUGCGGCCCAGCCGAGGGGGAGAAGGCAGACGCAGUGUGUUUUAUGCAUGCAGCAAUGAGGAGUGGGAGAUGGUGGAUCCCCCCACUAAGGACACUCCAGAACACAAGCCUCCAGCUGAGAGUCAGCGCCGUGAGAGCCCUUCACACCUCCACAGACACUCCAUCGGCUCAGCGUUCACGUUUGAUUUCCGGAGCCCGUCACGCAUUAAGCGCCAGUUCCAGAUAGGCUUGGUUAAAUCGGGCCGCAGUACGGAGACAUCACCGGUGGAGUGUAACGACAGUAAGGCUGUGGAGCUGCAACUACGUCUCCAGAGCCAACAGGAGGAGUUGAGCCACUUGCAGGAGGAGCAGAACCGCUUACAAGAGGAGCUCAGCAGUCAGAAGGAGCUAGUGCGUCUCCUGCAGCAGACACUGAGGACUGCUCAGUGUGACCGCUGGCCAGGGGAGAUGGACAUGGCCGGGGCAUUGACUGAGCGAGAUGGUCAGAUCCAGGCGCUGUGUGGUCACAUGGAGAGACUGGCACUGGAGAAAGAGAGCCUGCAGCAGGAGCUGAAGAGCCUAAAGAUCAAAGUGGGAGAGAUUAAUGAUCAGUUAGGAAUGCUGAUGGAAACAAUCCAGGCCAAAGAUGAGGUCAUCAUGAAGUUGUCACAGCAGAGCCAGGAAGGGAGCAAUGAGGCAGACGAGUGCAGCUCUCCUUUAUUACGGGAAAGGCAAGAGCUCUACCAUUUGAGGGACAGCCUUCAGGGAUACAAAUCUCAGAAUAAUUUCCUGAACAAAGAAAUCCUUGAAUUGACAGUGUUACGAAGGAAUGCUGAAACUAGAGAGAAGGUCCUAGAGGCAAAGUACAGUGCUCUGGAGGCCAAGCUGUGCCAGGUGGAGAGUAAGUACCUGGUGCUCCUGCAGGAGGUGAAGACUCCGGUGUGCUCCUUAUCCGAGCAGAGCUCAAGCGGUGAUGUCAUAUCUAGACUGCUGGAGGAUGCUCUGCAGGUGGAGAGCUCUGACCAGCAGGAGCACACGAUUCUUAAGCCCCAUCCCGUCAGUGAGUACGAUGUAUAUGGCUUCAAAACUGUUCCAGAAGAGGAGGAUGAGGAAGAGAAGCUGGUAGCCAAAGUUAGAGCUCUAGAGCUCAGGUCUCUCUCUCUGACUGACCAGGAAGUGUCUGUUGGGGUGAAGUGGGAAAACUACCUGGCUGGAACCAUGAACAGGGAGAUGGUGCGCUCUCCAGAGCUGAAGGCUUUAAUCCGGAGCGGUGUGCCUCACGUGCAUCGCUCCAAAGUCUGGAGCUGGUGUGUUAACCUCCACGUGAAGAAGUUUCGAGAGUGCCAGAAGCCAGAUUACUAUGAGAGCCUGUUGUGCACAGCGAGGGACAAACCUAACCCAGCGUCUAAACAGAUAGAGCUGGACCUGCUGCGCACGCUGCCAAAUAACAAGCACUAUGCUUCACCUUCAGCUGAUGGCAUCCAGAAACUCAGAAAUGUGCUGCUGGCCUUUUCCUGGAGGAACCCAGACAUCGGCUACUGUCAAGGACUCAACAGGCUAGCAGCCAUAGCUCUUCUCUAUUUGGAGCAGGAGGAGGCUUUCUGGUGUCUCAUCACCAUUGUGGAAGUUUUCAUGCCACGAGACUAUUACACCAAGACGCUCCUCGGUUCACAGGUGGACCAGCGUGUGUUUAAGGACCUGAUGAAUGAGAAGCUGCCGAGACUUCAUGCUCACUUUGAGCAGCAUAAAGUGGACUUCUCCCUGAUCACCUUCAACUGGUUCCUGGUGGUGUUUGUUGACAGUGUCGUCAGUGACAUCCUCUUCAAGAUAUGGGAUGCUUUUCUCUACGAGGGACCAAAGAUGCCGCUCGACCACGCCCCUACCGCCACACGACGCAAAAUAAGUACCGAGAUCAUUUUCCGCUUUGCCCUUGCUCUUUUCAAGUGCAAAGAGGAAGAGAUUUUGAAGUUGCAGGACCACAUGGCCAUCUUUAAGUAUCUUCGAUACUUCACACGGACAAUUCUAGAUGCAAGAAAGCUGAUGAACAUGGCUUUUGUGGACAUGAACCCUUUCCCCUUAAGGCAAAUCCAAAACCGUCGCACCUUUCAUCUGGAGAAGGUUCGACUGGAGCUCACGGAGCUGGAAGCCAUUCGCCAGACAUUCCUACGUGAGAGAGAGACCUCCCAAAAUGGACGCACGCUUAUCAGUGAUGAUGAGGAGGACAACUGAAUCCCUGCCAAUCAGCAAAGACACGUGCAGCGGUGUGAGACAGUGACGUGCCUCGUUUUUUAUUAGUUGCACCCAACAUUUUGUUUAUAGAGAUGUAGUGUUUGGGGCAUAUAUUUAUAAUAAGUGAUCUCUUCACGUGCUUGCAUUGUGGUCCACAUGAAGCAGCCAUUUUAAGUGUAGCAGUAUCUUUCCUUCCUUUUCCUUUUCAAGAGUUGUCAGUGAUGGUUGAUCUUUUGUUAUAGUUUUCUUACAUAUCACCAUAAACAGUCCGCACAUUGAUAAGCAAGAUAGUAUUUACUAGACAAAAAUUUUACUUCAGAAAAGUUUAACUUGCGUAUGUCGCGCUGGACAUGCAGUGCAGAUACACCAGUGUUCUCGUGAUCAGACUUCCAUGUCUCACACUUGCGUUUAUUGAUUUAGCAUUGACUGUCACUUGUUUACUUUUUUAUAUCAUUCUCUUAUUAGCACUGUGCAUUAUUCUCUGUUCAUGUUAUUUCAUUCAUUCAUCUCCAGUAACUCCUGGUUAGCAUCACUGUGGAUUCAGGUAAUAUCCCGGAAACACUGGCAUGAGACUGGAAUACACCCUGAAUAUGCUGUCCAUUACAGGCCAUCAUGUGCACACACUCACACACACACUCAGUGACUAUGUUUACAUGGACAACAGUAAUCUAAUUAUUGACCUUACUCUGAGUAAGACAAUAAUGUGAUUAAGGUGUUUACAUGAGUCGCUUUUAGAAUACUCCUGUCAUGUACCCAUUUUACAUGUUAUAGAACAUAGAGCGAUUAACAGCACACGUCAUUGUCACCGCGCUACACCGUCCGACGUCCCUCCAGAAUUUCACAUAUCAACAUACAGUUCGUCUUCGUUAUGGUACCGUAUACAGUUCGGGUGUUUUUAUUUAAAAUUGUUAUGAACGCUUUAAGUGCAGUUAAUUAUUUGUCAUGCUGUACGUGCAAAUAGACGACUGCUUGAAGCCGUGGGCUGCGUCCCAAACCGCGUACUUACCUUCUAUAUAGUAGCGGAGAUACAUGUAUUUCGUCUACUACAGUCCUAUAGUAGGCAAGUACGCGGUUGGGGACGCAGCCGUGCUCUCCGUAAAGUCUUGAGCACUGCCGUGUGUGUACGUGUCCUGUCACAAAAUGCAGUGAAAACACUCACAUGACAUUAAUAAUGUGAUUAAGGUGUGUACGUGUCUGUAAUACACGUCCAUAAUGCGACUAAAACGGGAGUACUCCAUAUGUCUUAAUUCGAUUAGUGUUUACUUCGAGUAUGACCGUAAUCGGAUUAAGGUAAUUAAAAAUUGCUGUUUAUAUGGUAGUUUCUUAAUCAGAGUAUUGUCUUAAUCAGAUUAAUAUUGGAUUAUUGUUGUCCAUGUAAACGCACUGACUCACAUAGAGAGGCAGUCUAGAGUAGCCAAAUGGCAUGUUUUUGGGAGAUGUAACACCGGAGAAAAUCCACAGGAACACUGGGAGAACAUGCAAACACAGACAUGGUGCCACCAUGCCACCCAUUAUUCUUAUUAUGCUUGUGAAAUUCAGUAUUUCAGGUUUUGAUUGUGGUAAAUUUUCUCGGUACUUCUGUUGCUGUUUUCCUUUACUUAUGAAGCACUUAAAUCACUUUAAAUUAUGGACAUUCAGCUAGUUCAGGGAAGCUGAAGAUGCUGUAGGUUGAACAGAGAAGUAGUGAAUUCUCUCCUGUGUGUGCAUGAAGUAUCUGCAGAAGCUCAGUGUAAAUUCCUGUCUAUAGUCAUGUGAUGACACUUAGCUGCUGGAAAACAAUCCUUAGACAAUGCAUAUCGUUUAGUCUGUCAGAGCCAUGCUGCUUAUUUCUGCUUGAGUGACAUUUCUUUGUUAGCAGUCAGCUGGGUUUGGACCAGUUUGAACCUUCAUCUGUCAAGAUUCAGCCAUAUAUGCACUGCUAGUGCAGUUUUAGUUCUUUUCAUAAUUGGCGGUUAUGGCCUUGAAUUUUAAUGCAGCAUUGUGAAUACAAGUUUAUAGAACUGAAAACAAUUUCCCAUGUAUUGAUAAAGUUAGAAACAUGAACACGACAAACAAGCCUGUGUUUUGGUACCAAUUGAAUGAUCUGAGGUUUACCACCUUCUACCACAGGGAGCAGUAUUUAGUCUUUUUUUAUUUUUUAUAAUAAUAAUAAUAAUAAUAACAAUCAUAACCAUAAUAAUAAUAAUAAUAAUAAUAAUAAUAAUAAUAAUAAUCAGUUAUUAUGUGCAGCAUUGAUACACAUUCCAUUCCUCAUACGCAUUGCUUAUUUUUAGUCUUUCGUUAAAUCUAAAAAUGAAUUUACAUGUUAAGGGUCUAUGUGAUGAGGGACAAUGAAUGUUAGCUUAUUGCCCUUUUAUAAUGCUUUAUUUUCUAUAUUUUGUUAUUCUCUCUAUCUUUUUUAAUUAUCUCUAUCUUCUGAUUUAAUUUACAUUUGUGACAUGACAUGUAUACUUUGUAUGAGGAGUAUUAUAUCCCUUUUUUACUUUGAUAUGUGCCAGUGUUUUUUCACAGGUUGUUUCACACCUUACAGGUUGUCCCUCCCAUCCCCUAUGUUUUAUCAGAAAAAGAUCAGUACUUAACCCGGUGUAUUUGAUUUCCUUCUGAUAAGAAAAAAUAACUUAAUUGACUCUUUAUUCAAAGCUGUGAGUGAAUUUUUUCAUUGAGAGCUGGUCUCUCAUGAUUGCCAUUUAUAUUUUGGGCAUUUUUGUAGGAUUUUGAUCAGAUCUAAAAGUUCCAUCGUGUACUUAUCAGUGAUUAAAUUACUUUUUUUAUAUCUGUAUUCCCUACUUAAUAGUAAUUUCACUUUUCAUUAAGGACAUUUGCUGUCCACUGCCCGUGAUAUCUGGCCAAAAACGUAACCUUCCUAGUUUUUCCUUAUCUUUUAAGUAUUUUCCAUAUGGAUUACAUGUAGGCCUUGUUUUUAAGCACAUACAUUUUAAUAUUAUCUAGUCCAGCCUUUUCUACUGCUUUAAUUGAAUAAGCUAGCAUGUCUCAUUUGCAUUGUUAUGACUCAGCAAUGCAUUGCACUGCUAUAUCUGCAUAAAUGUAUAUCUAUUACUUCUAUAUAUGAAACCCAUUAAUAAAUCCUUUUGUGCAUUUAAAUGAAUCAAGUAUUUCAUAGUGUAAUCGUUUUUUGUCUUAUUCUACUCAAGUGGCCUGAUCAAUAAAUUUCCUCACCAUAAAGUGCA